AUGGAUCACUCCCGAGAUCCCUGUCCUUGGGUUGCCCUGUCCGAUUUUGGCGGAGCGUUUUGUAUGGGUGCUCUGGGAGGUACCUUAUGGCACGGAAUCAAAGGUUUUAGGAACUCACCCUACGGCGAACGACGGAUAGGCAUGAUCACAGCCAUCAAAGCUCGAGCGCCCGUUACUGGAGGAAAUUUCGGAGUAUGGGGCGGUAUGUUCAGCACAUUCGAUUGUGCAGUCAAGGGCAUUCGGAAGAAGGAGGAUCCAUACAACUCCAUCAUCGCCGGAUUCCUGACGGGAGGUUCACUCGCGAUAAGAGGAGGUUACAAGGCGGCUCGAAACGGUGCCAUAAUGUGUGCCAUCUUCCUUGCUGUCAUCGAGGGUGUUGGUAUCGGUAUCCAGCGAUUAAUGGCAGAGAACACGAGGCUUGAUCUUCCUCCACCAGCACCACCGUCAGAAUCGGGACGCAUGGCUGCAUGA